UAAUAAUCAUUUCGCGUCUUCCGUGCACGUGACCUGCUUUUUGUACAUGCGUGAACCGUGAGGAGCGUUUCGCCAUUACAGUGUGAAGAAGAGUUCGGUUUUCAGCGCUUAAUCUGAGAAAUGUCGUCAAGUACCACAACUGAGUCACGAGGCUCGAGGAGAGGCAGGAGAGACAGCUUUGAAAGUGACCGUCCAAACAUGUCCGUGAGGAGGAUGGUUCUGGUAGGAAAGACUGGAGCUGGUAAAAGUUCUUCAGGAAACACAGUUCUGGGCAGAAGAGUCUUCAGAGCGGCUAAAGGUGGUUCAUCUGUCACUAAAGAGUGCUGGAAGGAGACGGGCGAGGUGGCAGAGAGAGACAUCACACUUGUGGAUACACCCGGUCUGUUCGACACAGAUAUUUCAGAGGAGAAUCUCAAGCAUGAGAUCAGUAAAUGUGUGAACAUGACGGCACCUGGACCUCACGCCAUCGUUCUGGUCAUUCAGCCGGGUCCAUUCACAGAGGAGGAGAGAAGGUCUGUGGAGAAGAUCAGAGCAAUAUUUGGAGAAGAAGCAGAUAAACACACGAUCAUCCUCUUCACUCACGGUGAUGAACUGACGAGCUCUGUCGAGGAAUACCUCAGUGACGUCAAUAAAGAUCUGAAGGAAGUGUUGAGACGCUGUGGAGGACGCUAUCAUGUCUUCAAUAAUAAUGAAACUGAAGACCGUAUGCAGGUUCUGGAGUUCCUGGAGAAAGUGGAUGAGAUGGUGGCUGUUAAUGGAGGUGGAUUUUACACCAAUGACUCUUAUCAGAGUGUGGAGCAAACACUGAAGAAGAAAGAAGAAGAACUCCGGCAAUCAUAUGAGAAAAAACUACAAGACAUGCAGAUGAAACUAGAAUCAAACUUUCAUGAAGAAAAGAGAAAACUACAGACGACCGUUGAUGCACUAACUGCUUCUAAUGAAGACAAAGAGAAGAAGAUCAGAGAGUUGGAGGAACUGAAUCUGAGAAACAGACUCAGAAUGACCGAGUACAAGCGUUAUUAUGAGACAAAGAUCAGAGAGGUCAGACAAGAAGUAGAACUGACUCAGAUGAAUGAAAGCAUGUUAACGUCGAUCCUCAGCCAGUUUCAAAACAUCCAGCUGUAAUCAGUCUGAACAGUUAAUGUGUCUGACCUCUGCUGCCACCUUUAAUAUUUCUCUAAUAUAAUCUAGUAAUCCAUGAUUUAAUUUGUCAUGAAUAUUCAAGGAUAUACAUCUACAAGAGGGCUCUCAGAAUUUACUCCCGAACAUACCACCUUAAAUUCUCAUGUGCUGCCAUCGCUGAUGCGGCCUUUAUACUAGCGCGUUUUUCUUUAAAACCAUAUCGUUUUCUACGGUUACACUACUCCACAGUUUUUGACCCCAGAAUAAUGCCUGGAGACUUUAGGAAACACUGCAUCCCUGUGUCCGUCUGAAAACUCCGGGGGUUGUGUUUCUGUGUAAACAGUGGAAAACGGAGACUUCACAGAACGAAGGCGUAGUUGCCCACAUUCACUCACUGAUCGGGUCGUCUGUAUCAUUGCGUUUGCUUCCCUGAUUCGCCAAGCCCAUGUCACUUAUCUAAAGUAAAAUCUUCUCCAGGCAAUUGAUACUGUAUGGGUUUAGUCACAAAUUACAAUGUUUGCUUUUAAUUGAUGUAAUUUCUAAUUUGAGUUUUUAAUAAACGUGUGAAGC